GCAAGCUAUACUGUGUUCCUCGGGUAGCCUCCCGUGGUCAGACCAGACAAUCCUUUCAAACCAUUAUAUGGCGCAGACUCCGGAUAUGCUUCCUCGAGGUGCUAUCUCCACCACCUUCAGCACGCAUGGCCGCUGAAUGGGCCGUCCCUGUCCAUCACGCGCGCGAGAUUUCCCGCUGAAAAUAGCAUGCUCGUCCCUGCUUCUGCACCACAACGAAUCGCCCCACGGCCUCCGCACCUCGGCUGGGUAGCUCACGCGCCAUGCGGUGCGAUAUCGGGUGUUGCUUGCUUUCCCAUCCACUGCCAUUUCGCCCGGAGGGAUUAUAUAUAUGCCAGUGAUGACUUCACGGGGGCAGUCAAGGCUUCGCCCGCAGACUUCCUCGCAUAGCUAGCUCACGAUGUUCAAGUCGCUCGCAGCGUCCGUUGUCCUCGCCGUCGUGUCCGCGUCCUUCGUGGGCGCAUUCACCAAGGUCUCGCUCGAGCCCGUCAAGAACAGGACGGGCGCGUACAUGCAUGGCGCGCCCGAUGCGGAGCGUGCGCGCGCGGCGCUCAUGAAGAGCAGAGCCAAGGGUGAGGCGGCGACCAUUCCGGCGACGAACCUUGCGUACGUGCAGUACACGGCGUUGAUUGGUGUCGGCAGCCCUCCGACGUACUACAAUCUCGUCGUUGACACAGGCAGCUCGAAUACGUUCGUAGGGACCGGGAAGACGUACGUCCGCACGAGCACGAGUAUCCCCACUGGACAGGAAGUGAAUGUCACGUACGGCUCGGGUUUCUUCUCGGGAUACGAAUAUCUUGACCAGGUGACGAUCGCCCUUGGAUUCGUCAUCAAGAACCAGUCCAUUGGUGACGCGCUUGAGUACGCUGAUUUCGAAGGUGUAGAUGGGAUCAUUGGGGUCGGCCCUGUGGAUCUCACUCUAGAUACUCUCUACCCUGAUGUCAACGCGGAGAUUCUGACGGUGAUGAACAAUGCAUACGAGCAAGGGCUCAUCUCGAAGCAGAUCCUCGGCGUGUCAUUUGCACCGGCGGACAGCUACAGCGACACCAACGGAGCAUUGACAUUUGGUGGUAUUGAUUCGUCUCUGUAUACUGGAAAGAUCACCUAUACUCCCGUCACGACAACGUACCCGUCGAACUACUACUGGGGCAUUAAUGUCACGCGCGCCACGUAUGGAGACGCUGCGGUCAUUCCGUAUUCAGACGCAGGCAUCGUCGACACGGGCACAACAUUAAUCUACAUCGCCGACGAUUUCUACUCCACCUACCAGAACGCGAUUCCUGGCGCGUACUAUGACGACAACACGGGCCUGAUCGUCAUCCCGGAGUCAUCGGUCGCGAGCAUGCAGGACUUCGACUUUGAGAUCGGUGGGACGACCUUCACGCUGGACGCCGAGGCGCAGCUGCUCCCGCGCGACCAGAACGUCGCAUGGGGCGCGGAGCCCGGGUUGCAGUAUGGAUAUAUCGGCCCGAUCGGCUCUCCCAGUGGUGAAGGUCUGGACUUUAUCAUUGGGCAGAAGUUCAUGGAGAGGUACUAUGCGAUCUUUGACACGGACAAUGAAGUUGUUGGCUUUGCAUAUACUGACCACACGUACUCGUAGUUGAUGUCGUUGGAAUGCGGGGAGGAUGCUACCGACUCUACUGCAGGGACAAUUUUUUUACUCCUGUGAUAAUUGCAGUCACUAUUGCUAUCGCUGAGUAAAUCGGCAUGGUGCAACUUGGCUGUGAAACGAGGCCCAGUGACAACUGCUC